AACCAAAUCCUUUGCGCCGCUUAUUUCUGGUUUCUCCCUUCUCACUCUCGCAUUGUUCUCUCCGCUAUAACGCCGCUCUCUCUCUCUCGUCUCCGGUCUCUCUGUGUUGCCGUCGUCGUCGGCUUGCCCAACCCCCUCGUCUCCCAAUCUCCCUGAUCACGUGUCGCCGCCUUCGCUCAGCCCCUGUGGCCCCGAUUCGCCCCCCUUCUCCAUCCUUGGCGCCUGCGUCUGCGUCUGCAGAAGGAGUGUGACGCUUGACUCUCAAUCAGCGGACUUGUCGAGGUGUUUCGCCACCAUUCUGCCUAAAUGAUGUGGAUAAUGAGAUCGGUUCGACGACCAUUCGCCCAAUUUCACGCGGCGUCCAAUUUCUCAUCGUCUGCGGCGGCGGUGGAAGCUGAGCGCUGCGCAAGAGAUGGAGCGAGGAAUGACUGGAAGAGAGAAGAAAUUAAGUCCAUCUACGAUUCGCCUAUUCUUGAUCUGCUAUUCCAUGCUGCACAAGUUCAUAGACAUGCUCACAAUUUCAGGGAAGUGCAGCAGUGCACGCUUCUAUCAAUCAAGACUGGUGGAUGCAGUGAAGAUUGUUCUUAUUGCCCGCAGUCGUCCAGAUACAACACCGGACUCAAAGCACAUAAGCUUAUGAAUAAGGAUGCAGUCUUGGAGGCUGCCGAAAAGGCAAAAGAGGCUGGCAGCACUCGGUUUUGUAUGGGUGCAGCAUGGCGAGACACUGUAGGAAGGAAAACUAAUUUCAACCAAAUCCUUGAGUAUGUUAAAGAAAUAAGGGGUAUGGGUAUGGAGGUUUGCUGCACUCUGGGGAUGCUGGAGAAGCAGCAAGCUUUAGCACUCAAGGAGGCAGGACUUACAGCUUACAACCAUAAUCUCGACACCUCAAGAGAAUACUACCCAAAUAUUAUAACCACCAGAAGCUAUGACGAACGGCUCCAGACCCUUGAGUAUGUCCGUGAUGCGGGUAUCAAUGUCUGUUCAGGUGGAAUAAUAGGGCUUGGUGAAGCCGAGGAGGAUAGAGUUGGCUUAUUACAUGCAUUGGCAACUCUCCCAGCACACCCUGAGAGUGUUCCCAUUAAUGCACUCAUUGCUGUACAAGGCACACCCCUGGAAGAUCAAAAGCCAGUUGAAAUAUGGGAGAUGAUAAGGAUGAUUGCCACAGCACGCAUUGUGAUGCCAAAGGCGAUGGUGAGGCUCUCAGCUGGGAGAGUCCGUUUCUCGAUGCCUGAGCAGGCACUUUGCUUUCUUGCUGGUGCAAAUUCAAUCUUCACAGGAGAGAAGCUCUUGACAACUCCCAACAACGACUAUGAUGCUGAUCAAACCAUGUUUAAGCUGCUUGGGCUCAUUCCCAAAGCUCCUGAUUUCUCACAGAAUUCAGCCAAAGAUUUUGAAACAGAACCUGUUGAAGUGGCAGCUUCAAGUUCUGAUUGAACCUGCAAUCUUCACUUGUGAUGUUUUAACUUGGAAUAGGAUUAUUCUGUUGUAUGCAUAUCUACAGUUCAGUUGUAACUGUGUUUCUAUCUUUUUCAUAUUGUGAGCUUUUGUUAACUAUCGUAGCUGUUGGAAGAUAGUUCUGUUUUCAUCUCAA